AUGAGCGGCCGUGAAGGUAGAGUCGCAGAUUUGGAGUCUGGGUCAAUAGCGUUUGGCGCUGCAUCAACGGCACCAAGUACCAUCGUCCCUGGGUCAAAUGUCUCCAUGGAUGUCGAUGUGGAUAUCAGCCAAACAAGGAAAUCUUCGACAAUCAAUGAUAAUCUUGGUGGUGGUGCAGUUGAUGUUGACAUCGGAAGCGAGAAGCUUGUGAAGUGUCCUACGUCCAUCGCAGUGAUAGAGGAGAAGAUACAGUUGAAGCAAGAAGAAGAGGACGAGGAAUGGGAAUCCGAUCCAGCAAAUGCGAGAAACUGGUCAACUCAUAGGAAGUGGAUAUCUAUGGCUGUGGUCGCAUUGUACACAUUGAUACCGCCCCUCGCUAGUUCAAUGAUGUCUCCCGGGCUCCCAGAGCUUGCAGAGAAGUUCGACAUUCAUAGCUCGACCAUACUCGCAAUGACGCUGACUGUGUUCCUGAUAUCUCUCGCACUUGGACCUCUCAUUUUGGCGCCAUUAUCAGAGAUGUAUGGAAGGACGUGGAUCCUACAUGUCGGCAAUUUGCUCUCCAUCGUGUUCAACCUGAGCUGUGCAUUUGCACCCAAUACAGCAGCAUUGAUAGCAUUUCGCUUCUUAUGUGGACUUUCAGGAGGUGCACCGAUUGCUAUCGGCGGCGGCACAGUGAGUGACCUCUUUGCUCCAAGAGAACGAGCGGUUGCUAUGGGGAUGUUCAACCUUGGCCCUUUGCUUGGUCCUGCCAUUGGGCCUGUGGCUGGUGGUUAUAUCACACAGACCGUUGGCAUAAAAUGGGUUUUCAUUGUUAUCGCAAUUUUCUGCGCUGUAGGAAGCGUGAUCGGAAUCCCACUACUUCGAGAGACAUACGCACCCGUGAUCCGCAUGCGUAAGGCUCAGCGCGAGGGAAAUGAACAAAAGGCAGCAAGAGCGCAUCCUAUGCUGAUUCAAGCUCGAGGAAAUAUGACCAAGAUUCUGUGGAUUAAUCUCACUCGUCCUCUGGAAAUGUUAUUUGGAAGCUUCAUAUGCUUCAUUAUGAGUCUUUUCAUGGCAUUCAUAUAUGGCAUUUACUACCUCAUGUUCUCUACUUUUGCCAAUCUUUUCAGCGACACGUAUGGAUUCGGACCUGGAGCAGGCGGGUUGGCUUAUAUAGGCCUCGGAGUCGGAUUUAUACUUUCAACCGUUUGGGGUGCUAGAGGUGCGGAUGCACUAUAUAAAUAUCUUGCUGAUAGAAACGGAGGAAAGGGAAAACCAGAGAUGCGCAUUCCAUCCAUGCUGAUCGGGUCACUGUUGGUACCAAUUGGACUUUUUUGGUAUGGAUGGUCAGCUCAAGCCAGGAUUCAUUGGAUUAUGCCCAUCAUUGGAACUGCUAUCUUCGGUUUUGGUAUCCUACCCAUUACUUUAUAUCUAGUUGAUGCGUUCAAAUUCGCCGCUAGCGCCUUGGCUGCCGCAUCGGUCUUUCGUUCGAUUCUCGGAUUCGCUUUCCCGUUAUUUGGUGACCAAAUGUACAAGGUGUUGGGAGAAGGACCUGGAAAUUCAAUGUUAGCUGGUCUUGCUAUUGUGUUGGGUAUACCAUUCCCUAUAUGGAUUUACUAUAGAGGAGAAGCUAUGCGUGCUCGUAAUCCCAUGACAAGAUAG